GAAUGUUUCACUGACAGUAGCUGUAUAACCUCACAAUGUCAUAAUCUAUAAAAUUAAAAACAAGACAGUAUCAAAUAGAGGUCCGCAUUUUUUUCAAUUAUGGCUACUGUAGCUGGUAAACAGGAUAUGCCACCAGCUGGUGGCUAUAAAGCAAUUCCAUACAAAAGAAUUCCCGCUAAGCAGUAUUUCUCAGGUACUGCCAUAAUUGCUGCUUACCUUGGAUUCACAGCAGGAGGGUUCUACUUGUAUUAUCUUAAUCGAGUGGCAGUAUUUAAGGAAGAACUUGAACGUAGGUCUGGAAGAUUAGCAAUACAUCCACUUUUACUGGCUGAAAGGGACCGUGAAUAUCUCAAGCAAAUUCGUCGUAAUAGAGAUGCAGAAAAGGAAUUAAUGAAAAAUGUGGAAGGAUGGAAAGUAGGAACUUAUUAUGGAGAACCUAUUUAUGAAACGAAACCUGAAGCUUUUAUUGAACCAACCUUUAAUGAUUAUUACGUACAUUCGAAUAUUUGGGAUCAACUCAAGAGAAGAUACUUCGUUUUUCUCUCUUAAGUGUUGUGAACUUAUACUACAUGUAGUAUAUUAGGUUGCAAAUAUAGUAAUAAAAUGUCCAUAAGA